AUGUCUCUCCGCAUCGCCCCCCAGACCAACUACUCCUCGCAAACCUCCAAUACCUCCAAGAAGACCCCACAGCCACACCUCCGCAACGGUGCCCCGUCCGCUCCAGGUCUCCCAGAUACUCUCCGUUCCAGCCUUACCGCAGCCCCAGAGACAGCUGGCCUCCAAAACACAGCUUCUACUCACCCCCUUGAAGCUCGUCUUUUAAACUGGCGCCAAACUCAGGAUGCCAUGAAGAUGGAGACCAUUCGACGGAUACAUGGUAUCGCGGAGCCAGUACGACGUGGUAUGGAGUUGAAGAUUGUACGUGACAGCCAGUGGAAGCCGGCAGUUCUAGGCGGCAACAUGCAGGGAAGUGUACAUGAGGAUAUCUUGUCGUUAGGAGGUCGAGAGUCAGAAGUUACAUGGGAGGAUGUCUAUCCAGGAGAUGAGCUUCGGGAGCCUCCAAGCUUCCAUGAUGAGUUGGAGCACCGACUGAAGAUGAACUGA